UAUCUCUUGGCUACCCUAUAUCGAAGUGGAAUAACGGUUGACUCCAUAGUCUUCUACCAAGUAGAAGGUAACUACUAUAGAGGACACAUGGCUGUAAUAUGGUCAUAGUCUAUCUGCAGUGGAUAAUGUCACUGGCGUUUAGUGUACCAACCCAGCGUACGAGAACCGAUCCAUUCCGCCGGGACUGCAGAUUCCUAUCUCUCCCUCUCCUGGCCAAUCAGCAUCCAGCCGUAUUUAGAGUGUGUCUGACUGUCAUCGAUUUGCAUCACAAUAUGAAACUGAUAACAGAUACAGUCACUAUCAAGGCGUUACCCCCCUGGCUACCUAUUAGUAAACAUCCCCAAAACAAUCACCUCCUAUCCUGAUCAGUAGUUUCUAAUGCUUCGCCCUACGACCCUUAUUGAAGAUCGACCCAAUAGUUUCAAUAGCUGCAGCCAGAGCAUGGGCCAUAGAUAGACUGCAGUGGGGUCUAAACUGCGAUGUUGUGCAGACAACUAGGCCUGU